AUGGACCAUGGAACUGCUGAAGUCUCGGGAACACUCGUUGAGGUGUGGGACCAUUAAUUUUAAUAUAACAAAAAUAAAUAAUUAAUUUUUACUAAAGGUAAAAAACUAGUGGUCUAGAAAAACUAGUGGUCUAGAAAAAAAAAAAUAGUGGUCUAGAACCGGCAGUUCCUAUACUACUUGUGACUCCUGAUCAAAUACCCUCCUCAACACAUGCUCUUCCUCAGGAUGCAAAUAUCCCCACCCUCAGGAGAUGGUGUCGAUCAAAUUCCAGAGGGUGAAGAAACAAAAAUCAAUCAAAUGCCCCACAUAUGCCCAACCCUCCCACCCUGAGGCGGAUGCAUGUUCUAACCACAUAAUUCCAUAUCCUUUUAGAAAGCAGUAGCAACCUUAAACACACUCCAGAUAUCAAAAGAGUCAAGAGAUCAGACAAAAGUAAAAAGACCACAACAUUCUCCCUUAACACAAGCUGAAAGGUUUGCAGAAAUAAGAGACUUGCCUGUAAGUUGAUUCUUUCAAUCAUUUAGCCAAAAAAUGAAUCAGAUUUUGAUAAUGGUAUUGGUUACAUGCACAAAUUAUAAAACAUUAAACCAAAAGAUUCAGAUAGUAUUAGACACAAUAUUUUUAAAUUUCAUUAAAUAUUUACUUACAGGUUGACCAAUUGGACAAGUUGGCAGCUAUCCAUGUCGCAGGUACCAAGGGCAAGGUAACAUUGGUUUAAUUGCUCAUGCAAUAUUAAUGGACAUUAAUAGUAAUGCAGUAAAUAAGCUGUUAGUAUAUUGAUUAGUCUCUAAUUAGUAGUAGUCUAAAUAACAGUUCUAAUGCAUCCUACCCUGAUGCAUCCUACUUUUAUUAUUCUACCUAGCUGUCUAAUGGCAGACAAUUUUACUCAUCAAUGGGAGUGGUGUUCAAUGGGUUAUUCAAUCACCAUCUGACGAUAAUUCGAUCAUUAUUUUCCUUCCUGCCAAGGGUUCUGUUUGUGCAUUUUGCGAAAGUAUUCUGAGGAACUGUGGAUAUAAAACUGGAUUUUACAGGUAUCCUGUAUUGAUUGUAUUGUGCUGUUUUGGUUGUAUCAGUACUUGUUUAUAUAUGUUGAAUAUCUUAUUAUCUUCACUUUACAUAGUACUCUAUAGCCGCUGCGUGUGAAGUGAGUAAUGCUUGCAACAAACACUUUAUCUCUAUAUACCUUAGCUCUCCACAUUUGUCUGAAGUUCGAGAGAGAAUACGUAUCAACGGCAAGCCAAUUUCGAAGGAAUUAUUUACCCACUAUUUCUGGGACUGUUGGGCCAAUUUUGAGGUUUGUGUUACAUCAUAAUUUCUUCAUUUUAUUACAUUUCACAUAACUUUUCCCUGAAUGUUGCGAACUUCAUUCCGAACUUUGUUGUGAAGUUCAAAAGUUCAUACUGAAAUUCACAAGCUGGUUUGUAAACAAAGCCUCUGAUUGGCUUAUUUUUGUUCAGGGACCAAUCAGAGGCUUUGUUUACAAACAUGCUUGUGAAUUUCAGUAUGAACUUUUGAACUUCACAACAAAGUUCGGAAUGAAGUUCGCAACCAUUCAGGGAAAAUUUAUGUGAAAUCAACUGUAAUAGUUUUGUUUUGUUUUAGAUAACAAAAAAGCGGUACGGGACGUUUCUUGUAUUUAUGGCUUUUCAUGUGUUUUUGAAGGAAAAGGUGAAUAAUUUAGUAUUAUUGUUGUUGAUGGUUCAUACUUGUUGUUGUUGAUGGUUCAUGUUUGUUGUUGCUGUUGUCAUUGUUGUUGUUGUUGUUGUUGUUGUUGAUGGUUCAUGGUUGUUGUUGCUGGUUCAUGGUUGUUGUUGUUGUUGUUGUUGUUGUUGUUGUUGCUGUUGCUGUUGCUGUUGCUGUUGCUGUUGUUGUUGUUGUUGUUGUUGCUGUUGCUGUUGCUGUUGCUGUUGCUGUUGCUGUUGCUGUUGCUGUUGCUGUUGCUGUUGCUGUUGUUGCUGUUGCUGCUGUUAUUGUUCUCCUUUUUAUUGUUGUUGUUAUUGCAUGUUGUUGAUGAUGUUAUGUUGCUGUCUAUUAAAUUUGUUGAUAUGUUGUCUGUUGUUGUUGUUGUAUGUUGUUAUUCUCAAAUUGACAUUAUAGCCUAAUGUGAACCUGCAUGUGGCAUACUAUCAAAUUUAUUUCUCAGGUUGAUGUUGCUGUGAUUGAAGUUGGCUGCGGAGGUGAAUAUGACGCCACAAAUGUCAUCAGGUACUUUGUACAUUUUUGUCUUAUGGUCAUUUCAGAUGUUCUCAAGUUUUGUCCUAUUAUCAUACCCUGUGGUAACUUAUUGACUCUGUAGACAGCCAGUGGUUUGUGGUAUUACCUUGCUUGAUAAAGACCAUCUGCACAUUUUGGGUGGAACUGUGGAGAGUAUAGCUUGGCACAAAGCUGGAAUAUUUAAGGUAAUGCAGUUAGAACAUUUUGACAUAAUAAUUAAGGUUAAUUUACUUAGCCUUAGGGAACGAAUUGACAAUAUGUUCUUUGGAGUUUAUUCCUUGUUAAGACAGUUUUUUGCUGCAAUUUGCAACGAAUUUUCGGAUACACACAGCUGUGUAUCUAAAAAGUAGUGACUCUUGAAGAAUGAAAAAUGAAAAAUGAAAGAAAUGGGAUGAAAAAUGUGAACCGUGACCCGUGCACAGAAUUUUCCUGCUAUCACAGUCAAGGGCUCUUAUAUAAUAGAUAUCUAUUAUUUCCAUGACUUUAAUAUGGCCUUUAAAAAGAAUGAUAGGUGGCUCUAUAAAUAAUGUUUCUACUUUUGUUUUCAGGCCGGUGUUCCCGCCUUUACUGUUCCUCAGGAACCAGCGUCAAUGAAAGUUCUUUCAGAGAGAGCAAGAGAACGCCAAGCAUGUCUUAAGAUUGUUCCUGACUUAUUUGCAAAUACAGAACGCAAUUUUCCAGGUUGCCAUUCGUACAUGUCAUAAAUUUUGUAUCUUUAUACUGUCUAUUAAAACUCGCUGACAUUAAUCACAACCGCUAAUUACCAUCACUAUUUUGAUAUCAACAAUUUUCCAAACACAGCUCUAGGUAUUGAAGGCAAACAUCAACACCAGAAUGCGUCAUUAGCUGUUCAUCUCUGUCGAACAUGGAUAGAACGCAGAAAUGACGGUGACUAUCUUACAUAUUGGUCUUAUGACGUUGAAUGGGUUGUUUCUUAAGGUGGCUCGAUAUAGUUAUCACAAAAACCCUGCUCAAGAAUCGCGCGAACAAAACCGGGUGACCAUUUUUACGCGCAUGCAGGUCGCGGAAAUUGAUUAACGAAAUGAAAGAACUUCCAAAAUGACCUGACGUGAGCAGUUGCUCGCGCCAUCUCACGUCAUGCAUUGCGCGUGUUCUAUAGCGUUUUAUGUCAAUGGACAACUUGCAUGUUAAGUUACGUUUACACGCUGCGAUUUGUCGGGCCGAUUUUGGUAAAUAAUCGUUGCCCCUUCUUCGACAUUUAGCGAUUUACACGUUCAAUUCAAGCUGUCCGCUCUCUCGUCUGUUUAUAUUAUAGUUUUCUGCGUGCGAAAAGUUUUCAACAAUUUUACAACGGAAGAAAAAUCGUUGAAUCGUGAGAAAAAUCUGUGUUUUGUUACAGAUUUUUCUCCCGAUUUUGUGAAUCGCAAGGUGCUGACGCGAGUACUCACGACAGGUUAUUUACAUACAGCGAGCAAAAUCGGCCCGACAAAUAGCAGCGUGUAAACGUACCUUUAGACUAAAUUUUAAUCUAAGUAAAGAGAAGGGAAUCAAACACCACAGCUAAAAAGAACAUAAUUAAAUUAGUAAAAUUGCAAAAUUUGGUUGCGAAAUGUUGUAAAGCUUGGAAAAUAUAUAGUCUUGCAAAGUUUGCAAAUUUUGUAUAUGUUUGUAGUACGUGCGGAAAUUGUUACCAUUUUCGGCUCAAAAAUAAAUUUUAAAAUGCGUAGUUUGAACAUGUCAAAGUGUUGCACACCUGAAUUUUUGAAAAGUAUAUCGAGCCACCUUAAAUCCUAUUCAAAAUGUAUCUGAUCAGUGCAGGUCUUUUCUUCUUACUGUUAAACUGAACUAAUACCAUUUCAGCGCACAAUGUUGUACUGCAUGAAGUCAAUUCUAGUAGUGACAGUCAAUCGCCGCCUUACGCUGAUGCAUUCUCACUGCCUGAAGGCUUCAAAGAAGGUAUGGUAUUGUAUUUAUUAUGGAAAGUGUUCUUUAACUGAGCGAUGGAAAGCGAACCACAACUUCGAUCUUGCCACGUUCAUAUCUGUUUUUUCGAUGUAGGUCUUGCAAAAGCAUUCUGGCCUGGCAGAACUCAGUGUGUUGAGAGAGAAGAUUUCACAUUUUAUCUUGACGGAGCCCACACGAGGAAGAGCAUUGAGGUAGUAUUACCAUUGUGUAGUAAUCGUCUGUCAUAUAACUAAAAGGACACUAUUUGAACAAAAUUUACUUAAUUCGUGGAGUUUAUUACUUUAACAUGCCUUUCUUCAUCGUUCAGGCGUGUACAGAAUGGUUUUGUGAAAAGUCAAAACAAGAAAGACAGAGGAAAAGGUUUACAAGAAAUGAAGAUUCACUUGCAGAUUGUUAUUAUGUAACAUAUGAAUGAUCGAGAAUAUCUUACUUUAUUUAGUCAUAAGACAAUGGCCAGAAUCUUAUUGUUCAAUUUCAAAGGUGAUAGGAACGCCAGGUCAUUGCUAGAACCUUUAGUGGUAAGAUUAUUUUGAAUGGUUUUGAGGUUGUUUUAAAGACGUUGUUUCAAUAACUUGUGUUAUAUGUUUAGAAAUGUGAUUUUGAUUACGUCGCGUUUUGUCCGAACUUGCUGAAGGACGAACCACAAUCAACAACAUCAGGUUAG